ACACUCCGUCGAACUGUACACCAUGGCUCCCGCCAGAGUCUCCCCUCCGCCAUUCACUGGCCUCACAGACCAACAGAAACAGGACUGGUCGAACAAUGGCUACCUCCUCAUCCCCGACGCGCUCUCUCCCGAGCAAGUCACCCAACUCCUCUCGGAAUCGCAGCGCCUUCUGAACGAAUUCGACCUCUCCAACCACCCCAUGACCCGCUUCUCCACGGGCGAGAAAUCCUCUCACGUAGGCGACGACUACUUCCUCACAUCCGGCGACCAAAUCCGGUUCUUCUUCGAAGAAGAAGCCUUCUCAGCCACCACUGGCCAACUCACCAAACCCAAAGAGAAAGCCAUUAACAAAAUCGGUCACUACCUUCACGAACUUAACCCUUCCUUCAAAUCCAUCUCGAUCAAUUCCACCAACGCAGCCAUCGCGAGGGACUUGGCCUUUCACGAUCCGAGAGUGUUGCAGAGCAUGGUGAUUUGCAAACAACCCGAGAUUGGAGGCGCGGUGCCGAGUCAUCAGGAUAGCGUGUUUCUGUACACGGAUCCGCCUUCGGCAGUGGGGUUCUGGUAUGCUUUGGAGGAUUGUACAGUGGAGAAUGGAUGUCUGAGCUUUGCGCCGGGGUCACAUCGGAGAGCGGCCAUACGGAAGAGAUUUGUGAGGCGGGAGGAUGGGAAAGGGACGGAGUUUGUGGAAAAUGACAAGAGGAAGUGGCCGGAAGGGUUGAAGGGGGUGCAGGAAGGCUCCUCGGUGGAGGAAGAGAAAGAGGAAGAGUUUGUGUUGGGGGAGGUGAAGGCGGGAACGUUGGUGUUGAUUCAUGGGAAUAUUUUGCACAAGAGUGAACGGAACUUGAGUCAGAAGGGGAGGAUGAUUUACACGUUUCAUGUGAUUGAGGGUGAGCAUGAAUACGAUCAAAGGAAUUGGUUACAGCCUCCGGAAGAAGGGUUUACAGCACUGAAUAAGGCAACGUCGAGAUGAACGUCGCAGACCUCCAGUUACGACCUACCAGAACAAGCGGCCCCGUAAGCCUACUUAUUAUACAUGUCUCCAUUGGCCUUCUACCACUUUCACCACGCCCAAAUCCAAAGGGCAGCUCGGUCUCUGAGCCAUCAAGUCAACAACUAUGUUGCAUCAACCUCUAGCUUAUAUGACCUGUUGAGAACAUAUUUUUCCCAUCCAGCCGAAGCAAAGAAUUGCCGCCAUCUUCCUCUCAU